CUCAUCUUGCUAGUCUCACUUGCAUGUGAUUAAACAGGGUUGAGCAUUAACUUAAAAUAUACUUAUUAAUUAUUCUUUGGGGGGGUGUUUUAAUUUUUGAGUUUUAGUUAAUCUUUAAAGAUUGAGUACUACGAACAUAGUUUUUGUAGUUGCGGCUAACUUUGUGUUUGGGGGUGGGGGGGCUAAGGGCUGUUCCUUAGUUGCUGUGGGAGCUGCAAAAAGACAAGGACCUGCCUCCUCAGCGUGUGGAUUCAGCCUUCAGAGCGCUGACAGCUUGGAAACGCGGCUGCUCGGUCACAGGAUGGAGAACAUCUGCAGUGGAGCAGCUGUUACACGCUGCGAGUUAGCUCUGGAAGUCCAGCGCGUCUUCUGACAAAAACUACGCAGCCAGAAGAAUGACUGAAGGUGUGCUGCGACAAACCUCAGCAUGGACUUGUGUGUCUAUCACGGUAUGAGCGUUUUCGCCCGCGGUAAAAGGAAAACAGCAGCUACGCCAGAUGUGUUUGUUUUCUGGGACCUUUCCUUAAAUCCUGGAGCUCUCAGAGGAUUGUUGGCGUGGAGAGAGAGACUGAACCCGAUUUCCAAGUGUUGCCGUUCCCCCUGAACAUGUGCAAAACGCCGCCGCGCGCACACACAGCGUUAUGGGCCAACAGUAACCGCCGACUUGGGUCUAAAUCUGCCUGAAACAUGUUUAUCUCGUGGGUACCGUUGAGUUUAUUCUUCGGUUGUAUUAUUUCGCAGACCUGGGGCGUUCAGAUGUCGUGGGAAAACUGGAACGCUGAGCUGCAUAACCAAGGGAAUGAGUUUGGGAAAUCGAGCUCUCAGCCACAUAUCAUUUUUAUCCUGGUGGAUGAUCAAGGCUUCCGGGAUGUCGGGUACCACGGCUCCGACAUCAAAACCCCGACCUUGGACCGGCUGGCAGCAGAGGGAGUCAAACUGGAGAAUUACUACGUCCAACCGCUCUGCAGCCCGUCCAGAAGCCAGCUAAUGACCGGAAGGUAUCAGAUCCACACAGGCCUUCAGCAUUCUGUCAUCCGAGCUGCUCAGCCCAACUGCCUACCCCUGGAAAAUGUCACUCUGCCCCAGAAGCUAAAGAACGCAGGCUACUCCACCCACAUGGUAGGGAAGUGGCACCUGGGCUUCUACAAACGUGGAUGCCUUCCUACCCAGCGUGGCUUUGACACGUUCUUUGGCUCCCUGCUAGGAAGUGGGGACUACUACAGUCAUUACAAAUGCCAAGGGCCUAGUAUGUGUGGCUAUGAUCUGUAUGAAGGGGAAGAAGCAGCUUGGGAACAGGACCGCGGCUUGUACUCUACUGAGAUGUUUACACAAAAGGCUGUCAGUAUUUUAGCAAAUCACAACCCUCGUAAGCAACCUUUGUUUCUGUACUUGGCUUACCAGGCGGUUCAUUCCCCACUGCAAGUUCCUGCUCGCUACCUCGAGCGCUACAAGGGCAUUCCAAACCCGUACCGUCGUAAAUAUGCUGCCAUGGUUUCCUGCCUGGAUGAAGCCAUUCAUAACCUCACAUUAGCACUAAAACACUAUGGUUAUUAUGACAACACAGUUAUAGUGUACUCUUCUGACAAUGGGGGCCAGCCUUUAGCAGGAGGAAGUAACUGGCCCUUGAGGGGCAGUAAGGCCACAUACUGGGAAGGGGGGAUCAGGACAGUGGGCUUUGUUCACAGUCCCUUGUUAAUGAACAAAGGAACAAAAUGUCGAUCUUUGAUCCACAUUACUGACUGGUUCCCUACACUGGUAACCCUAGGUGAGGGAACUUUAGAUGAAGAUCUGAAUCUGGAUGGGUAUGACGUCUGGGAAACUAUUAGUGAAGGCCGCCCAUCACCUCGUCAUGACAUUCUCCAUAAUAUUGACCCAAUUUACAUCAAAGCCAAGAAUGGAUCGUGGAAGGCUGGGUACGGCCUAUGGAACACAGCUAUUCAGGCUGCACUCCGGGUUGGCCACUGGAAGCUACUAACAGGUGUGCCUGGCUACAGUGACUGGGUGCCCCCACAAACCUUUUUGAAUCAGCGGCUCACCACUCGCUUGCAUAAUGAACGUGUCCCCUGGGACCGAGGUAAGUCCAUCUGGCUGUUCAACAUUACAGCUGACCCCUAUGAGAGAGUGGACUUGUCUCAGCGCUACCCGCAUAUAGUAAAGAAGAUGCUAAUGCGGCUAGCUCAGUACAACAAGACUGCUGUGCCGGUAUGCUACCCAACUAAAGACCUGCGUUCUAAUCCUCAGUACAACGGUGGGGUGUGGGGACCCUGGCACAAAGACGUGAGGGAGCAGCAGGAGGAGGAUGAGAUGUAUAAUAACUUGUUCACCAACCAUCUCGGUAAAAAAAGAUGGGGAAAAAAAACAAAGAACACAAAGUUGAGAAGAGGGUAGAAGAAUAGCACAUUACAUACCACGCUUGUGAAUGCCUUAAGUUAUAUUUACUCAGGGAUUAAUGCUUCCUGUUUCAGGAUUGUGCUGUCAGACAUUCUAAUUCCAGGUAGUUUUAACUUGACUCCAGAAAAUAUGAACAAAAUGCAGAUGGACAUUUUCAGAGUUCCUCAAGAGAACAAUUAAAAGAUCAGUUGUUCAAACACUACUGCUAUGCCCAGACACAACUAAGACCUCAUGUAAGUGACAAGGGCAUUUAAAGAAUGUUUAUUUUUCUAGAUUCUGUUGCAUGCUUGACCUGUUGUCACCUUCAGAUUUUUCUUAUAGAUUGACGUUUCACUUAGAGUAGAAAACAAAUUUCACUAGACAGUUGCCAGAUAUAUAUUUGGUGACAGACAAAUAUAAUAAAACAUAGUUCUAUUGUGUUGUUGAUUGUAGCACUAAGGUACUGUGGAAACAGAUGUGCAAGUUGAUGUGUGUUGUUUUUUAUAAGCAUAGCCAGAUAAUAGAUAAAUAAGAUAAUAGAGUUUGUUCCCUUAUUCUUAGAUGAUAUCUGGUUGAGCACAAACCAAACUGAAUGUGAGACAAAUAAACAAAAUAAAAGCCCUAGACACAA